AUGAGCAACGAAGCAGAAGGGGAUAAUCCAGACCAAACAAACUGCAAAUGUAAAUCACCUACUCUGUUGUCCUCGUACUGCAUCGACAGUAUUCUAGGAAGGAAAAGUCCCUUAAAAGUUAAAGCAACACCAAACAGUUUGUGGCCCCUUCGACCAGACAUGCACCUGCCGCCGAAGCUCCGCCGCCCCUUCGCCCCGUUGACAGACUCUUCCAGAGACAUUCACACGGACGAAAAUGAAGCAGCGGGCCCAAGACUGCUACACACAGCUUGUGAAAAAUUAAAAAUUACAGAGGCCUCGCUAGUAAACAUCAGUCGUGCUAGAUCGUAUCAGGAACAUGCUUCUCUACAGUCCUGUAGAGAGGCAUCCAGUCCCACGCCAAGACCGGAGGAGGAAGAAACCGACAAUGAAAGACUAGAGACAACUGAGUCUCCGGGUCAAAUGAGACUGCAAGAACGACAUGCAUAUUUGAAGAACCGUGAGGAAACUACUUUAUCAGCGGGAAGUGACACUGAAGAUGGGAUGUUAAAACGAAAACAGAGGAGAUACCGGACCACAUUUACCAGCUAUCAGCUUGAGGAGCUGGAAAGAGCUUUUCAAAAGACUCACUAUCCAGAUGUUUUCACAAGGGAGGAAUUAGCGAUGAGACUUGAUCUUACAGAAGCACGAGUGCAAGUCUGGUUUCAGAAUCGACGAGCAAAAUGGAGGAAAAGGGAAAAGGCGGGGGUCCAGUCACACACUCUGAGCCUACACUAUACUGGAACCCCCCCUGCUGCACAGUCCUUGUGUCAUUACCUGAGUGGGAAUACUUUUGUCCCAAACCCACAUCCUGCUAUUGAUUCAUCUUGGCCUGCCCCCCUCCAAAGACUGGCUCAGCCUCCCCCAAACCCUGCCUCCCCUCAUGGCUUCAGUGCUCUGUUAGGAGCGGCUAUGUUUAGACAUCCCGCUUUUAUUAACCCCACUUUUGGAAGACUUUUUACAAGUUUAGGUCCAAUGGGACUGCAAAGGAUACCCCUUCCUGCCAUCGAGGGUCCAAUUCAACGCUCCCACCUCACCAACAACCUUUUCUCCUCUUCACCACCCUUACCUUCAUCUCCAACAGUGGACCUCCGUGCUUCCAGCAUAGCAGCACUGCGUCUCAAAGCAAAGGAGCAUUCUGCUCAGCUGACUCACAUCACAGCUGCUGGAAUGGCUGGAAAAGAGGAGUGCUAA